AUGGAGGUGCUUGCCCCUGAGCCCUCCGGACUGAGCUACGUGGAAGGAGCAGAAGCAGUGGUGGAGUCUGUGGCAACAGGCGUGGAGCAGGCACGCCACCUGGCCCUGCAGGUGCUGGCGGAGCGCGAUGCCGAGGGUGCCGUCAACAUCUUGCGGCGCCUGGACACUCCUGCCAUGCGGGAGUACAGAGCGCUGCGGGCUGCGCUGCACGGGUUUGUGAUCAGGCGCCUGGAGGACACACCCGGUGGCUUUCCGAGCUGGUCAGCGCCGUUCUAUUACCGCACGCGUGCGGUCCUUGCUGCCCUGGUUGCCGGGUAUGAGUACGUGCAGACGCUGCUUGUGUUCAACAGCGAGCGCGCGCUGCAGCGGUUUGUGGAGGGGGAGUUCCACCUGGUGGCCAACAUGUCCAUGAUGAUUGGCAGCGACCUGCCGAGGCACCUGGCGGCCCGCCCCCGGAGGGUCGACGCGGUCAAGUCUCAAGCGGCGCUGGCCUUCUCGGUCGCCGCGGGCGCCAUGGUGAAUGUUUCGGUGCAGGCGGGGUGGACAUCCGCCCACAAAGACAUGAACCGGAAGCUGUUUGGGCACAUGUCGCUGUUUGGCACCACUCAGCUGCUGAACGGGGACAUGCCGCCGCCUGCCGAGUUUGGUGAUCUGUACCAGCUGCUGCGGCGAUAUGCCUCCCAGACACCCUGGGCCUGA